AUGUCGAAGCCAAGCUCAAAGCGCCGAAGGAAGGACUCUGAAUCGGGAGGAACGGGAUCGGGAUCGGAAACGGAUGCACCACUUACGGUAACCUUCAAACGGUCCAAGUACUGGUUCGACGAUGGCAAUGUGAUCCUCCAGGCAGAAGAUACACAAUUUCGCGUUCAUCGUUCGAUGCUGGCUCAUCAGUCUGCGGUGUUCAAGGACAUGUUCGGCAUGCCCCAGCCAGAGCAACCCCAAGACGCGAUGCUCGAUGGCUGCCCGAUUGUUCCGCUUGGAGACAAAGCUGCAGACGUAGAACAUGUCCUCGCUGUUUUCUACGAUAAUUACAAUUCAUUCGAUUUGCGGAAACAGCUGGCUAUGUCUCCCUUGUCAGCUUUCCUGAGACUUGGGAAGAAGUAUGGAAUCGAAUUUCUGCAAAACGAAGCUCUCAAACGCCUGCGUCGUGACUUUCCGACAACCUUGGAGGCUUAUGAUGAAUCAUUCAAAGGCCAAGAUAUUUUACUCGAGGGCGAGGGGAACGUCGCCUUCAAAAAGAUGUCGCAAUCUGUGAUCCUGCUCGCUCUCGAGACUUCCAUUUCGUCGGUAUUGCCCUCAGCAUACUUGACGUAUGUGUCUACCACCCCGGCCGAGGAAAUCUUGAGCGGAAAAGACGACGAACAGCUCCCUUUGUCCAUUGUCGCAGCGUCUGCAUUAGGCCGCGAUAAAAUUUGUCGUUUCAUUCUUGAAAAUACGCAAACAUGGUGGACUAGCGACAGUGUUAUGCCUCGUCAAGCCUGUGCAACGCUCAACAAUUGCAGGCCUCUAAGGAAUCAAGCCAUUAAAGAGCUCGCGUCGGAGUUCCAUCUUUCAGACACGGGACUAGUAGCAAAUCUGUCGCCUUGGAGCGAAUACGGGGAGAAUGGACCGAUUAAGACCAAUGUAUGCAGACAGUGCAUCGCAAGCCUCAAAGAAUGUCACGAAAAUCUUCGGAAAGGGGUGUGGCAGCGGUUACCUGGUUUCUUUGGACUCGAGGAAUGGGAGAAGCUAAAGGAUUUUGACAACUGA